CGAGCAGCACUUGAACGCAGCAGGGGGAAGGAGCGUCUGGAGGAGCCGGUCUGAGUGAGUCUUCAGUCUGAUCUGAUCUGGGAGCCAUGGCGGACACAGGAGGACUGUCGGACGAGGCUGUGACUGCUGCCUGUAAGGAAGGAGAUCCCAUCACCAAGGACUACAUGAUGCAGCAGACGAUGCUGAGGGUCAAAGAUCCAGCGAGAUCUCUGGACUUCUACACUCGGAUCCUCGGCAUGACCUUGCUGCAGAAAAUCGACUUCCCCUCGAUGCGGUUCACACUAUACUUCCUGGGCUACGAGGAGAAGUCGGACAUCCCGGCCGACAUCAAAGACAGGACAGCGUGGACGUUCUCUCGCCGCGCCACCAUAGAGCUCACGCAUAACUGGGGUUCAGAGUUAGAUGAAAGUCUGUCGUACCAUAACGGGAACAACGAACCGCGAGGAUUUGGUCACAUCGGUAUUGCUGUUCCUGAUGUUCACGCCGCCUGCAAAAUAUUUGAAGAGCAAAAAGUGACUUUUGUCAAGAAACCUGACUCAGGUAAAAUGAAGGAUCUCGCCUUCAUUCAGGAUCCCGACGGCUACUGGAUCGAGAUUUUAAGUCCCAAUAAAAUGGUGUCCUUAAUGUCGCAGUGAAGCAGGAAACAAACCUCUGAUUCUCACAUUAACUCUGGUUUACAUUUUCUUUUACUUUCUGCUGUUUGUCUCCUUUUCUAAAAAAAUCAAAUAAAAAACA